AUGGUCGACGUGCCCAAUUGUAGCAGCAGGAAGGUGACCGUAGGUGGCGGCAGAAAGAUGGCUGAAGACGAAGAAGGUGACCGCAACCGGGUCCUGGAGGGCCGAUCGUGGUCUUAUGAUUGGACACUUCUUAUUGUGAACGAAUAUGACGACAAAACUCCUCCAUCACAACUGACCUUCACCCAUUCUCCUAUAUGGGUUCAGGUGCACGAUAUGCCACUUAAUUGUAUGAAUAGGGGGGUUCGGUCCAAGAUCGAGGCCUCUCUUGGACAUGUGGAGGAGGUGGCGGUAGUGGAGGAUGACAUUGGCUCAGGAAGGUGCCUGCGCAUUAGGGUUCUUAUCAAUCUUUAUCAACCACUGGAAUGUGGUCAGGCUCUUCUCAUGUCAGGGCAGUCCAAUUGGGUGGCUUUCAAGUACGAGAAACUGUUGGCUUUCUGUCUGAGAUGCGAUAAGAUCCUCCAUGAACCUUCAGGUUGUCCAACCGUACUUCCCAAGAAACAGAACCAUAAGGAGGGUGUUUUAGCAUGGGGAUCAUGGCUGAGGGUAGAUGAUUCAUCCAGAGUUUCGGAAUUCCUUGAUGGCGGAACUUCUUCCCCGACCAGGUCAUCAACGACGGACGAAAGGGAAAUGGAGAAGCAGGAGCCGGUUCAAGGUGCACAAAAAGGAAAAUGA